GAGCAAUUGAAUGGGCCGGGCCUAUUAACUUGGACGGAGCCCCAGUUGCCAUUCGGGGUGGGCGUUAAAUGGGGUAAUCAUAGCCUUUUCCUCGUCGUCUUUGCUCUUCCGCUCGGCCGAGAACGCAGACCAAUAAAAGGAGGUGGCCACCACCGGCGGCAGGAAGUACCAUUUUAUCGGUGCUACUGUAAUACUACCUCUCCUGAUGGCUCGAAGCUUCAUAGUAUGGCUUCACGGGUUGGGAGAUUCAGGACCCGCCAACGAGCCCAUCAGGACCCUCUUCACUUCUCCCCAGUUCGCAAACACCCGCUGGUCUUUCCCUUCUGCUCCUAACCAACCCGUUACCUGCAAUCGUGGUGUCGUGAUGCCUUCGUGGUUUGAUCUCCACGAAAUACCAGUGACAGCUGAUUCUCCAAAUGACGAAAAUGGUGUUCUCAAAGCGGUUCAGAACGUGCAUAAAAUGAUAGACAAGGAGAUAGCUGCCGGCACAAGUCCAAGCAAUAUAUUUAUAUGUGGAUUUAGUCAGGGAGGAGCUUUGACCUUGGCAAGUGUUUUGCUAUACCCCAAAACUCUAGGAGGAGGUGCAGUUUUUAGUGGAUGGGUUCCUUUUAGUUCAUCUAUUAUCGAACAAAUUCCACCAGAUGCAAAGAGGACGCCCAUCUUGUGGUCUCAUGGCAUGGCUGACAGAACCGUACUGAUUGAAGCCGGGCAAGCUGCACCACCUUUCCUUGAACGAGUUGGUGUUAACUUUGAGUUUAAGGCUUAUCCGGGCAUCGGCCAUGCAAUAAGCAAAGAGGAGCUGCAUUACUUGGAAUCAUGGAUCAAGGCUCGAUUAGGGAGUUCUUCCUGAUGAUGAUGAUAAAGCUUAUUAGGGUUGUGACAUGAUAAUAGCAUUGGUUCUUCAAGCUUUUCCAUGCUUCGAUCAAUCUUUAUGCAUGGAUGACUAAUAUUAUUAUUGGUGGAUUGAUUAUCGAUGCAGCUGUGGAUCUUUACUUCACAUGCUGCUGCCGAUUUAAUAAGCCAUAAAGGACAUUCUACUUUUUCCUUGUGCAAGAGGGAAUGCUUCCCCCGUGCUCUUCUUCACGUUAUAUAUAUCGAGGCAGUUCAAAAUAUAA